AUGGAAUUAUUAUUUGCUGCUUACUGCCCUGUAAACACUUCAAAGUCCAAGCAACUCUACUCCUUUCCGAAGUAGCGCAGAUUCAAGCCUCCUAAGAAAUUGCUAUCCACAAGCUUUGGUGUUGGAGAUAGAUUUAAGAUGAUAGAGCUUAAAAGCAAGAGGAAGAAUACACCGAUGAGUCCUAAUUCAAUGCUGACAACGGAAGAUAUCAACUUGCCUUCAGAAUUCUCACAAUCUCCAAAGAAGGGCUUUAGUUUCGGAGCAUCAAGAGAAGUCUAUAAACGAGUUUACACUAAGACAUAGCCUUUUAUUUAGGAUCCAGAGAUGCCUGGUCCCGGAUCUUAUGAUGUCAAAUCCUUUGUAGAAAAAACUUGCAACGAUAAUAGAAGCUUUAUUCUGGGCAAGAAAGAAAACCAUGAAUUGCCAUUUAAUUUCCCCGCGAAUCCUGGACCUGGAUACUACAAUGAUCUAAAUAACAUCAGCAAAACUGGGAUAUACUAUAACUCAAAGUAUCAUAACUCAGGCUCUCAAAAAUUCGCCAAAAAACCCAGAGAAUUUCUUCGAAUAAGUAAUUUUCAUUGUCAUAGUUAAAUUUUAGAAAAUAACACUCCUGGACCUGGCUAGUAUGAUCCAAAAACGCUAAUAAACAGAGACGGAAAAUAUUUUGUCUCAACGUAUAGAAAUAGCUAUGUGAGGAAGUUCGGAACCGGUUCAUAGAAUAAUCCAGAGGGAGUUUCAAAUGCUCUCAGGUCACUUAAUUACUCAGUUGAUAUGUCUACGAUGCAGAGAAGCAAAAUGGCGAGCACUUUCAAGCAGCAUACACCAGGACCUGGAUCCUACAGGAUAAUGUCUGAGUUCGGCAAGUAUGAACUUAACACUGUCUCCCCAGGAGCGAUAAUGGACACCACUGCUACCACACCUGUAAAAAGAUCCUUCAGUGCAAUGGGCCAAAGCCGCAAAAAGAGGACUUAGUCCUCGAUGGGCUACAAUGUAGAUGAUGAUUUCACAAGAGAUCAGGAUUGA